AUGGCUUCAGUUUACAAAACUUUGUCCGGGACCAAUGGCCGGAAAGAAGAUGCCCCAACAGACGGAAUCAAGAGAAUCAAGCAAAGAGUCUUAAUAUUAUCUUCGAGAGGCAUCACGUCUAGACAUCGACAUCUUUUGAACGAUCUUGCUUCCCUUCUACCCCAUGGCCGGAAAGAUGCGAAGUUCGACACCAAGUCCAAGCUCUACCAGCUCAACGAACUUGCCGAACUAUACAACACAAACAGCUCAGUACGAGAGGAACCGCUGAUUCAGAAAUCCAGUAUAUUCUACUUUGAAGGACGCAAGGGCAAAGACUUGUACCUGUGGAUGAGCAAGGCGCCUAAUGGACCUACAGUCAAGAUGCAUAUGCAAAACCUCCACACAAUGGAAGAACUCCAUUUCACAGGCAAUUGCCUCAAGGGCUCCCGGCCGAUCCUAUCUUUUGACGCCUCCUUCGACAAGGAACCAUAUUUGCGGGUCAUAAAAGAGAUUUUCCUACACAUAUUUGGCGUACCGAAAGGCGCGCGGAAGUCAAAGCCCUUUAUUGACCACGUAAUGGGCUUCACACUCGCAGAUGGCAAGAUCUGGAUCCGAAAUUACCAAAUAAACGAAUCAGAGCCCUCGAAAGUACCGUCUUCUACCGAUGCAGACUCAGAGCCUAAGCCGAAGUCGAAAAGUUCAAGUUCACAGGGGAAGGAAACCGAAAUCAGUUUGGUGGAGAUAGGCCCGCGAUUCGUGCUCACGCCGAUUGUCAUCCAGGAAGGAAGUUUCGGCGGCCCAAUCAUUUACGAGAAUAAAGAGUUUGUGAGUCCAAACCAAGUUAGAAGUGAUAUUCGACAGAAAAAAGCGGGGAGAUAUGGCCAACGGGCUGAGCAAGGGAUUGAGAGGUUGGCGAAGAAGGGAGAACUGGGACUUCGAACAAGUGGAGGGAGGACGAUGCCGGUUGAUGAGCUGGAUACGGCGAUGUUAUUUGCCUAA